AUGUCAGUAGAGAUUCCAUACGCUAAGAGGUACAUUUAUAACUUGGAUGAGUCGAUUUUGGAAUCACUCAGAACUCUCUACUUUGACUCCAUCACAUUUGAACAGAAGACUGAGAAGGAGUUUCUUCAGCGCAGGAAAGACGAGAUCGAAGAUGCAAAGGCUCAGAGUAUUACAGAUACAUUAGAAAACAAGCCCAUGAUUGUACAACCGAAACCCCGCAACACAGGCCUAAUCGUUUCUACGUUAACUAAUCUCAAACUUUCCAAAACCAAGGAGGACGAUGGCGAUGAUGAUACGAAAAGUAAAGAAAAGGAGGAAAAAGAGAAUGGUAAUCUGAAUGAAGAGAAUUAUGAAUCUACCCUAAGUUUCAUGACUACAAAAUCUCCUAUGAUUUUAUUUAACUCUGCAUUACUAUCUACAACUGAGACUGGGAAAUGCUUUGGGGUAUACAAGACGGUAAUCAAUGCGAUUGAUUCACCGAAUUUUGACCCAUUAGCGGCCUUGAAGAGCACAAGUUUUGGUUCAAGUAAUCCUAUGCCUAAGGACCCUAUUGAAUCCGGGAUAUCCGCUAUUUUUAUGCUUUCCUCGGGACAUUUUGCCGGUGCAAUCAUUUCACAUUUGCCACAUUCUACAAAGGGUAACAAGGGGACUACUACGGAGUUACAGUUACAGUCUGUGAGGUUACUUGCGCACAAGACUUUCCACAGAUAUACGACUCGUCGUAAACAGGGUGGGUCUCAGAGUGCCAUGGAUGAUGCUAAAGGCAAGGCCAAUUCUGCCGGUAGUACACUCAGAAGAUAUAAUGAGCAGGCUUUAGGCAAAGAUGUUGAAACGUUAAUGGACGAAUGGAAGCCAUUGAUUGAUCAGUGUAGCUCGAUAUUCAUUAGAGGGUCUGGUAAAGGUGGCAAGAAUGCCCGGGGAACAGGGCUAAUUGUGCGAGAUGGCAAGGAUCCAAAGGCGAUCAUCAAGACGGGAGACAAGCGAGUGAAGAUGAUUCCAUUUGCGACGAAGAGACCUACGACGAUGGAGCUGAAAAGAGCAUGGUGUGAGCUGUCAUACUUGAAAGUUAUCGAUGUUCCAAGUAUAGAAAAGGGUGAGGUAGAGAAGAGGCGUAAACGGGAAGAGAUGAUGAAAAAGUCUAAGGAUGAGAAGAGUGAGGACGAGAAGGAUAGUGAGGAGGUGAACCUCACAAAUGAGCUUAUUGCUUUAUUGAAGAAAUCGAAAGCACCUGCGCUUUUGUCGUUCAUGAAAAAGAACAAGGGCAAGUUUGAGGUUAACUCGAAGCUACAACCGGAGGAAGCAUACAGGCUUACUCCGACAGCGCUCCAUUAUGCGUCGAGGAAAGGGUAUGCGUUUAUGGUCCAGAUCUUGCUGGUGCAACUGCAUGCCGAUCCAACCGUUGUCAGUGCGAUAGGUAAGACGGCGUACGAGGUUGCCGGAGAUGUUGAAACACGAUACUCUUUUAGAGUGGCCCGAGGGAUUCUUGGGGAGGAGUGUGGGAUUGAGUGGAAGGAAACGCACAUCGGCAGGAGCAUGAGUAAGGAUGAGGCUGCCGAGGCCAAGGCUGCGUCGAAGAAGGAAGAGGAAACGAGAGAGGAGGAGGAGAGGCAGAAGCUGAAGGAGGAGCACGAUUCUGUGGUGGAGAGUUUCAAGAGUGCCGAGAGUAGCAGAGAGGGCCGAGGGAAAGUUCUUGGAGGCCCUGGGGUUGUGCGUGUUACGGAGGAGCAAAAGUUGAGCGGGUUGUCGGAGAUGCAGAGAAUGAAGGUGCUCCGAGAACAGAGGUUCCGUGCGAUCGAGGCCCGGCUCAAGAAGCAGCAAGAGAAGUAG